AUGCUAAAAGCGGGGGAGUACUCGCCCAACAACCCGCUGAUACGCGGCGAGCGUACGACAGGCGACGUGCUAUUGGGUCUGGGCGAGUAUGAGCGCAGACGGAAUACCCUGCGGAAAAUACAACAGAGACAGUAUAAGGAAUACCUUGAUCAGCAAGCAAAAAUUAAGCAAGAAGCUAAAGAAAAAGCAGAAAGAGAAAGAAGAGAGCAAGAGGAGAGAGACAGGCUGCGGGAAGAGAGAGAAAGAGAGAGACUGGAGUUAGAGAGAGAGAUCACUCCAGAGCCCAGGAGAUCGAGCAUAAGUCAUACUUACGUUUCCGGCGCUAAUAAUACUUAUAACACUAAAGUGGAUACAGGUGUUCAAGUGGACCAUAGAAGCACGCCGUUGUCAGUCGCUGUACAGACAGACGACGAUGAGCUGUUCACGCUCCCGCACUGCUCGCCGCGGCGGCGCACGCGGGCGGAGCGCGAGCUGUCGCCGCGCGAGGCGGGCCCGGCGCCGCGCCGCCGCAGCUACGGGGACUUCGAUGAACGUACAUCGACUCUAGUCAACAAAUCGACGCGGGACAGACUGACGUCGGAGCUGCGCCACACGUACAUGCCGUCCAUAUUCGAUGCUGAGGCCAUCAGACUUAGGAAUGAACAGGCUGAAAAGGAAGCGGCAGAACGUCGCCAGUACUACCAACAAGAAUUGAAAAAUCAAAUCCUCGAACAACAAAGAAUCAAGGAGGAAAGGAAAACUAGAGAAAAAAUGCUGGAACAAGCUGAGAUGCGAAGAUUGGAGGAGCAACUGCGAUCGUUGAAAAUGGCGCAGGAAAGAGAAAUAGUGCGACAACACGACGUGCAUACUGCUAUGACAGAUAACGCUUCAGAAUUUGAGAAAAAAAGGAAGACCCUACAGAAAGAAAUUGAUUUAGAACAACAAGCGUUGCUCAAAGCCGCCAUUCAUCCAAAACGUGCAUUCACAUCUGAAAGUGAAUCUCCUCAAUUAUAUAAAUCUGAUCGACCGCCAUAUUCCACGAAUAUUCCAGAAAAGUCCAUAUUUUCAUCAAACUACGACGUUGAAAGCUAUUUGAGGAGAAACCUCAAUCCCACCAAAGAAAGCCUUAUGAGUAAAAUUCCUAAUACCACUGAAAAAAUACUAACGAACGAACAAAAAGAGAGAUUUCUAGAUAAAAUGGAUAAAAUCGAAGACCCGCUACCUAUUCCAGUUUUAAGGCAUUCCCCAAAACCACAGACAAUGUACGACAAAACGUCAGAAUUGAGUGAAAAAAUGCAAAUUGUCGAUGACAAAUGGCGUGUUCCGGCUGUGCAGAAGAAUAUAUUGAAAUCGUUAAACGAUAAAGGCAAAAAUGUUAGUAUUUUAACGCAGUUAGGGUCGAUUAGACGACAAUUGCAAUUGGAGCAGUUGAAAUUAGACAAAAUGAUGUCUAAAACAAAUAAG